AUGCAAGAGUGCCGUUUAACGCGCGGAAGCAAAAGACGCCCCUUGCCAGGUUCUCAUGGUAUGGGGGUGGAUGUUUGUUAUUUUCUUCGUUGAACAGGUGUUGUCUUCCCCGUUCUCGUCGAACGUUAUGUACUUAUACUCUCUUACAUAGAAUGCGUCCUGUGUCGCUUCCUCUUGUCUCCUUCUGUCUCCUUGUAUACCAUUUCUCUCUCUGUAUCUUUUUUACCCCACACUCCCCACCCCUUAUACCUUCAUCUUGUUAAUCAUCAUGCCCGCCGCACCAAAGUCUCCUACUCAGGCUCGAAGAGCCGGAGCGCCCAAGGCUAAAGGCGCUGUCCGCGCCAAGUCGGGUUGUUACACGUGCAGAAUCCGCCGGAAGAAAUGCGACGAGCAGCCCAACGCAGACGGUAGCUGUCAAACAUGCGUUCGUCUUCGUCUUCAAUGUCUUGGUUUUGGUGCAAAGCGUCCAGAAUGGCUCCGUGCAAGCGACAAGGUCGUCGACCUACGAGAAAAAAUUAAAAAUUUUCUUGCCGCUCAAGGCAUGAUUAAGGGGCAUUCUGGUACUGGGCCUCGUCCCUCAGACCAGGAACCUUCUAUACUAUCACUUUCCGCCGACUAUGCUUCCCCAAGCACAAGUCCCCAGACCCCCACCCUGUCCAUUUCAAGUGACGAGCGACACCCGGGUAUAGCCCGUAAUGAUUAUCUUCGGGGGGAUACUGAUGCUCGACUUCCGGUGAUGCAGGACAUUGAUUCACCUUUGGACGCUCGGGACAAUUAUCCAGGGGUUAUGCUGCCUGCGUAUCCGUCUUCCAAUACUUCUUAUACGACUAGCUUAGAACCAUCAUGGCAAUCAACCGCAUUGAGCCUGCCUCGACCUCACACCAGCGACUUCUCUGCAACUUAUAAUGCAUACUUCCCGGACGAAGACGAUAAAACCGUCAUACCCUCUGGAUUUCUUGUGCCCCCUCUCGUUAACACCAUCCAUUACAACUGGUUGGACGUGAACUCCUACCAGAACGCUCAAUUGCACCACUAUAUGGAGCAUGUUCUCCGUAUCCAGUACUUGCAUGCCGACGGGUCCAUUGAUAAACUCAUCUGGAAUCUCAUACAUUCCAGUGAUACAGCCCGAGAGGCUACGUGUUUACUUGCGGAUUUGCACCGCAAGAGCAUCCAAGGUGGUGCGAUUGGUUACAGUGCACCAGCAAAUCAUGAUAUGUACGCACGUAUCCAAAGGGCACCGGUGACCGAAGGAGACGCUCUUGCAAGCCUUUGCAUGGUCUCCUAUUUUCUCUUCUCUGGGGGUCAAGGGCAGUGGCAAGCGUUCCUCGACAGCGCUUGCGAGUUUUCCAUCAAGUUCCUCAAUGGGGUGCAUCGUUCGCCAGAUUGGGCACUCAUAUCGUGCAAUGACAGCAUGCGGUUUAUCAUCAAGACGUCUAUAUGGUUCGAUGUCCUCGCCUCUGCAACGCUAAUCCGUCCUCCCAAAUUCCUUGAUGUACUCCGUUCGUUCUAUGAUCCAGACACUGCCUUCAAUUCUGACAGACCCGAGCUUUCUAUGAUGCGUGUCAUGGGAUGCGAAAACCGCAUCGUCCUCGGCCUUGCCGAAAUUGCUAAUCUCGCAUGCUGGAAGGACGAGCACAGGCGCGCGGGCAAGCUCAGCGUUCCUGAACUCGUCAGACACGGACAACGUAUCGAAGCUCUCCUGAAGCCCCCCGCCAGUGACAGUUAUCAAUCCCGUGACAAUGAUACAGAAAAGUCUCGCCGACGGCGCCUCACCUCCGACGUAUUCCGCGCAUCUGCCCUCGUUUAUCUCCACUCCGUCAUCUCUGGGGAUCACCCACAAUGUCCAGAGAUCGUGGAAAACAUCGCAGAAACAGUCAAAUGCCUCAAGCGGGCUGAAGACAUGGACACAGCGCGGCAUGUUGUGCGCAGCGUCGUGUUCAGCAUAUGUAUAUGUGGCUGCCUGACGGAUAACCCUGUUUACCGCAGUUACUUUCUGCAGCGCCUGCACGAGCAGCAGAAUGAGACAGUGGGGAACUGUGCUCGGGUCGCUGAGCUCAUGCAAGGUGUUUGGAAGAGCCGAGAACGAGGGGAGCCCGUGGACUGGCGUGUAGUCAUGCGACAGUCCCAGAUGCUUCUUGUCUAGAAGCUAAUUUACGACACAUGGACAUUUUUCCCCCCUCAUUGCUACCCUGAUCUCUUCAUGAUUUGCUAAAAGUAUUCGACGCUCCCCUGGUGUGCAGCGCGGCCAAUUUAUUUCUUCAAGCUCUUCAUUCCCCAUAUCACACAAGCUGUAAUCCAUACAUGCACUCACGAACCACUUGCAUAUGUGCUUCAUACUACACACAACCUACAAAUGCUAUGUACUGUUUUUCUAGACUAACACGGCCUCGAGAGAUCUCCAAGGUUGUCAUGAUGCC